UAUUUGAAAAUGGAAAAAGAUCCAGAUAUUAAGAUGCCGCGAAGAAGUACAACUACAAAGAAAUCUGAAACAGGAACUAGAAGGAAAAUGCAGCAGAAAACUCUUGAAGAACUAGAAUCUCGGAAAGUGAUAGAAUGUCGUUGUUCUCCCGUUUCGGUUUUCACAACGAUAAAUUCUCUUACAAAAGAGCAAAAACUUGAAGUUGAUAAAAUGGGAUUCUCAUCCAUGAAGGCUAUUCAAGAUUGGAAAAUUGAUAGGCGGUUAUUCCUCGCACUUGCUAAAUCAUAUAACACAACAACAAGCAAACUGGAAUUAGUGCUAGGGGAUAUCGAUGUGACAACAGACAAAAUUGGGUUAGCUAUAGGAUUACCUUCAAUUGGUAAAAUUUUUCCAGAAGAAGAAGAUUGGACUUCAGAGCAAAAAAGAUUAGUUGCCCCAUUCAAGUCUGUGACAAACCCAUGGUUACAAGAAAUUAUCUAUUACCACAAAGACACAUUCGGAGAUAAGGAAAAUUAUAUGGGACCUCCACCACCAUGGAUUGCUUAUUGGGAUAAAGAAAAACUUGCAAAGAAGUUGACACAGGAGUAA